CGAUGAUUGAUGACUGCACAAUAUAUGCCUUCUGUCACGGACGUUUCUCAGUAAUUUGGUGAUCUGAAUGGUAGCCCACAUCACAUGACAGACAAAUGCUGAUAAAUAUGCUGAAGAAAUGGAAGGGUUAUAGGCAUCGCUUUGUGCCCUGGAUUGCCCUGAACCUCAAAAACAGAUCAAAGAGGAUUGUUGAGGCAGGUCAAGAAGACAAGAUUGUAUGUGACGAUGUGCUGCUGUCCGUCUUGUUACAUCUCUUACCAAAUCUGCUGUCAACAGCGAACACAAGUCUCUCACCAGCCACUGUCGCUGCAAGGAACAUGAAGGUUGCUGAAUCUGUUCUUGGAUUCUGCGUGAGACGAGCAACUAGCAAGGUUCCCGGUGCCGGAGUAGGGGUGACGGUUGCCAGGGGGAGCGUUGAGAGGGGAUCGCUUGUGGCGUUAUAUCCUGGAACACUGUAUCACCCUCACGAGCCCAUUUUGCUGCCGUCUAUCGGUAAUGCCUUUGUACUGCGGUGCGUGGAUGGCAUUCACGUCGAUGGCAGUGAUCGGCGAAUAUCAAAGAUGAUAUACAAAUCGUGCGUGAGGCGUGAUUCUGUGUGGCCGCAUCAGGCAGGGGACCUUACGUGGCUGACGGAACACUCUGCGAUGCCCCUCAGUAUCGGUCAAUACGUCAAUAAUCAUAGCCCAGGAGCCGCUACUGCAGUUCGUUUCGCAACAGAAGCAAGUGAGAGCCCCAAGGCCACAAAAGCCUCAGUCCAGCGCGAAGUAGAAUGUCUGUCUGUUCAGGAAUGUUGGCAGCCUUGCUCUACAUUGUUGUUACCUCCGGUGGUUUGCUGGGCGGCGCCGAGACAAGUUCAGAUUCUGCGCCGAUCAACGUUACAUUUCAGAAAGAGGAGCAGUCGUACGAAGCGAACUGGGUGAUCAUGGACCAGCCCCGCUGUUGCUCCGAUUGUACCUACGUGGCCGCUGGAUUUAAGUGCAAGGUCAAGUCCUGUCUUCAGAAUUGUCCAUGGGCCCGCAGUGCAGAUUCCUGGAGGGACUGAGAAAACUCAUGAAGAACCUUGGUGAGGGCAGCUGGUCUGUGAGCCAAGAUUUUGAUGUGUGACCUCUCGAAUACAAAAUAGGGGUUCUGACCACUAAGACACUGAAUAAUUUUAUCUGCUUAUUCACUCCAACAGAGAAAAUAAAUUAAAAUUUGAUUGUGUUUGUUAGCAUUCAGUCCUUGCUGCAGGCACUGUGCAUUUCACUACAAUGUCUGGUCACCACUGACAUACAAUCCAAGGGCUAGUGUGGUUGCAUUACCCAAGGUAAAAGGAGCCGAGAGUUUUAAGCCAAUCACUCAAUCCCAUGUAAUGGCAAAGCCUCAGAAUACAUGGAUCUUUAUCACACUCCCACUCAUGCCUUGAAGAUCUGUAGAUGGAGACCAGGAAUUCUUGCUGUCUGAAAUUAUAUGAAACGAUUAGGUAGGGAAACGCAACAUAAGGUAAGCUGUGCGGUGGUAGUAAUUACUGAACAAUGUUUAUAAGAUAUAUUUUGGAUUUUGAAACAGACAACAGUGUCUGAAGUCACACAUCACCGUAGCUUAGUUGGAUCUAAACAAGAUGGGCUAAUGGGUUCAUUCUCAUGCCAUUUUAUAUUUACACAAGUUAGGUACAGUUUAAGAUUUCUUCACCACCAUUUGUGACUUGCCACUAAAUACAACUCUCUCUAAGAAUAUUGUGUAGAAUGUGGAUUAUGUACCCAAAAGUACAUUAAAAUGAAUAAUUCAUAAGGAGAUGAACUGAGGAUGGAAGAUUGUAUCAAAAUAAGGGAUUAUAAAAAUAAUUUGUUCCAAUAUG